AUGAAUUUUUGCGAAGGUGAAUGUAUAGCUGAAAUUCAAACGACUACUCGUGAUAUGAUGGUCUUGCAUGAUAGCAUAAGCCAUACGGAAAGUCCGUUUAGAAAAAGGUUGUCU